AUGGCGGCGGCGGCGGCGGCGGGGGGCAUCGCCACGCUGCCCGACGAUGGCGGCAGCGGCGCCUUUCCCCCGGGGCACUUCAAGGACCCCAAGCGCCUAUACUGCAAGAACGGCGGCUUCUUCCUGCGCAUCAACCCCGACGGGAAGGUGGACGGCGUCCGCGAGAAGAGCGACCCGCACAUCAAGCUGCAGCUUCAGGCGGAGGAACGAGGAGUGGUGUCCAUCAAAGGUGUCAGUGCCAAUCGCUUCCUGGCCAUGAAGGAGGAUGGCAGAUUGCUGGCCUUGAAAUACGCAACAGAAGAAUGUUUCUUUUUUGAGCGUUUGGAAUCCAAUAACUAUAACACUUACCGGUCACGGAAAUACUCGGACUGGUACGUGGCACUGAAAAGAACUGGACAGUACAAACCUGGACCAAAAACUGGACCUGGACAGAAAGCUAUCCUUUUCCUUCCCAUGUCUGCUAAAAGCUGAUUUCCAUGGCAGAUUCUGAACACCAGUGCCACACAGCACUAAAAACAUUGCCUUUCCUACUCCUCUCCGAAGUAGCAGAAUAUAAGCAAUUAUUUGCUGAUAUUAUAACUACUUUUGCAGAUACCAGAUUAAACCAUGAAUGUUUCA